UUUGGGAUGAAGUGUAAGUGUGUAACCACCAAACAAAAAGGGGUAUGUGACAGUCUACACAGAAAGGUUCACUCAUUCAGUCUCUCUCAUUCAGUCAGCUCAGCAGAGGAAAUUGUUAUUAUAUAUAAUAACUCCGCUGUUUCUAACACACGCUCCACUUGUCCAAAAUCGAAUCUUUCGAAAAACCCAGUAGUCAGAUUCACCAACGGAGGCUUACAAUAAUCACCAUCACAAUCUUUUUUUCUUUUUCAUAUUUUGGUUUGUAAAUGAACUGACCAAGUUUUCUGGUACAUGGAUUCUUUGCUUCUGAGUUCCUUUUCCACUCCUUCUGUACUCUCAAAAGGUGGGAAUAAUUGGAGAAGGUGUAAUCUCAAGAAUGUUGAGUUUCCUGGUUCAUACGUGGCAUACAAUGUUUCAAGGCUUAGAGUUUGGAAAGUCAGAGAAAAACCUUGCUCUGCUGUGUUCCAACCCAGUUCAUUGAAGCAUUGUGCGAAAGGUAGUGAAACGUUUGUAUUUUACCAGAGACCAAAUGAAAGAUUCCUGGUUAAGGCUGCCGGUGGACAACCUCUUGAAUCGGAGGCAAAAAAUGAUAUGAACUCUGCUAAAGAUGCCUUAGAUGCUUUCUAUAGGUUUUCUCGGCCACAUACAGUCAUAGGCACGGCAUUGAGCAUUGUCUCAGUUUCCUUACUUGCAAUUGAGAAGCUUUCCGACUUUUCUCCAUUAUUUUUUGUUGGGAUGUUGGAGGCUAUCGUAGCUGCCCUCUUAAUGAACAUUUACAUUGUUGGUUUGAAUCAGCUGUAUGACAUUGAUAUAGACAAGGUUAACAAGCCAUAUCUGCCGUUGGCGUCAGGGGAAUAUUCAAUUCAAACUGGCGUUAUGAUUGUUGCAUCUUUCUCUAUUCUGAGUUUUGGCGUUGGAUGGCUCGUCGGGUCAUGGCCAUUAUUUUGGGCCCUCUUCAUCAGUUUUGUAUUGGGUACUGCUUACUCAAUCAAUGUACCCCUUUUGAGAUGGAAGAGAUUUGCUUUAGUUGCAGCAAUGUGCAUUCUUGCUGUUCGAGCAGUGAUUGUUCAACUAGCUUUUUUUCUUCACAUUCAGACGCAUGUCUUUAAAAGACCAGCUGUCUUCUCAAGGCCCCUCAUUUUCGCAACUGCAUUUAUGAGCUUCUUCUCGGUUGUUAUAGCAUUAUUUAAGGAUAUACCUGAUAUUGACGGAGACAGGAUAUAUGGCAUCCGAUCUUUUACAGUGCGCUUAGGUCAAAAGCGGGUGUUUUGGAUAUGCAUUUCACUACUUGAAAUUGCUUAUACAGUUGCACUUUUAGUGGGAGCAUCAUCCGGCUUCUUGUGGAGCAAAGUUGUUACGGUAUUGGGACACACAAUUUUGGCUUCAAUACUCUGGACUAAUGCCAAGUCAGUUGAUUUGAGCAGCAAAGCUGCAAUAACAUCUUUUUACAUGUUCAUAUGGAAGUUAUUUUAUGCCGAAUAUCUACUUAUACCGCUUGUGAGAUGAAGAUGGAAAUAUGGGCUUUUUUCUAUUUUUCUAUUUUUUUUUUCUUUUAGAAAGAAAUAAUUUUCUUGGUGGAUAUAAAUUGGCUGAUCUAUAUAAUGAUGUAAGAAAGAUCCUGUGUAGUGAUAUGCACAUUUUCGGAUUCUUAUUUAAGUAUCCAAAGUUUUUGAUUUGUAAACAAUAUAAACUCAAUAAUUAUUUUAUGGAGUUGAGAGGUAUCUUUGUUGCAUGAUUUAGAAA